AUGGUUGGCCUACUGGAUCUACCGAGUGAGCUACUCUUCAACAUCAUCCACAUUGUGCUGUCGUCACCGAUUGUGCAGUCAGAGAACGGCAAGCGCUAUCGAACCAGCUGGUGGAACACCACUGACCGCAAUCUGUACUGCGUACUCAGCCCGGAUCACUCGAAACGCCCGAAAGCUGUAGACCUACUACUUGUCAGUCGGAAAAUACAGAUAGAGACUACAGAAUAUCUAUCAAAAGCGCCAAGAAACUUCGAAAUCGACAUCGCGGUUGUCGACGACCAUUGGCUCUGGCCAACACGACGCGUCAUUCCCGUAAGAAAGCUUGACGAAACCAUCGAAAGGUUAGACAUCAAUAUCAUUCCAUGCUGUACAGAAGGACAAAGGGCUCUGCAAACGGGUUGGGACGACUAUAUGGGGCCAAAUAUGUUUGAUCUGUCCAUGGGCAGCUUCGUCCCGGAAGCACUACUAGCCCCACUAUCUUACUUCUUGCUCUAUCCACAAACGGAUGUAUGCAUUGACAGGCAGAUAUCGAAGAUAUUCCGGGGGUUGGAAAUUUGGCUCGACCCACCUUCAGAUGCUCGUUCAAAUGAUCAAUCAAACAAUGACCAGAAUCUGCCUGUCACUCGGAUUAGUACUGUCGCAAUAUUCGUCAGUACAUUGGCAUAUGGGAACGGUAAUGAGGUUUUAAGCCUAGCAGCAGUGCCUUCACGGAAGAUACAAGGUCUAGCCCACCUGGAUUUCGAGCAGCUGUAUCCAGUUGACCGUGCAAAGUCAGAACGCUACCUACGUGGGCUGAGCAGCUAUAUCGAGCAGUGGGCUCGCUAUUGGAGUACAGAAAGAGUAGGACAAAGAAUUGGUAGGAUACAGUUUUACCUCAACGAAGAGAUAUGGAAGGAGCUUGAUUUCGAAAGUUGUGUCACGGACAUCUAA